AUGGAUCCAGUGGCACGUAAAAAGCUUAAUCUAAAAGUGCUUCAGAAACAUGAUCCUGCCAUCAAUGAUAUUCUCGAUCAGUCAGCCCACGCAGUUGUUUACAAGUUUGAACCAGAGAAUAAGAGCUGGGAUAAACUAGGCUUUGAAGGUGUUUUAUUCCUGACCCGAAGACAAGUGGCGCCCUACUUUGGCCUUUAUAUGCUCAAUCGACUUGUUACCGAGAACUUUUCAUUGUUUCUUACUGACUUUGAAGAGAUUGAACUCAAGGACAAUGUGAUUAUGUACCAAACAAAACAAGGUAGGUUGAAAAUGAUGAUGAUCGUUUGUCUCAUCUGA